AUGAUGUCUUCAACCAUUCGACAACCAGGAAGCUAUAUCAGCCGCAAUGUUUUCGAGCUUCGAGACUCUGUUGAUGCUACCAAGCUGAAGAAAGCGUGGGCAGUGAUUGUUGAGGAAAAUCCCAUUUUCAGAACUAGAAUUGUGGACAUCCCCAACCUGGAUCUGGUGCAGGCGGUCAUAGCAGUGCCUUUUGCUGAAGAGAGGCCAUUGUAUAACCCGAUUUCAAGCACGGCGCACCAACAGCCAAACUCACUGGCAAUCAAUGCAUGGGAUGGCCAAAUGACAUAUUCUGAGCUGGAUCGCACCUUAUCUGAAUGGGCCAGCCGACUGGUGGCCCUUUGGGCCCGGCCCACAGUCACCAUUCCGCUCCACUUCGAGAAGUCAUUGUGGAUGCCGGUUGCAAUCCUAGCAGUUCUCAAACCUGGGUCUUCUUUCCUUCAGCUAUCUACCGCUGUCUCAGCGGAGCGAAUGAAAGCAAUAUUGAAUGCUAUACAACCAUUGUUUGCCCUGUCAUACUCCAAACGAUAUUAUGGACUGCCAAGUCAUAUCACAACGAAUGUUGUACCCAAGAUCUUGGAAGACAUUGGCAGCCCAGAACACUUCUGGCAACAGCAUAUAGCCCCGAUGCCAUCUCGAAUGUCAUUCUCACAGGGCAUCAGGAGGCACUGGAACUCCGAAGGGCAUAAAAUGGAGCCACCGCGCCCUGUCUACAAACAUCAGAGAUGCCGGGAAAGCCAUCUCGAUUUCAAAGAGAAGUUGUCUCUGCAUUCCGUCCUAAGAUGA